CAGGAAAUCGAACUCGUUACACACCAUGUGCCCAGCAAGAUAAGCUACUAAGAUGUCCAAUCAACCAAGAAAAACAAGUCGAAGGUUUUGCGCGCGGAAAUACGUUAAAAUAAAUUGAAGGUAGUUAGUAUCUCAGUUCAUUAUAGAUAGUUCCACGAAGAUGAUCUGUAUUUUAUUGUUGUUCUUUGUUUGCGUUAACAGUUUGAAUCAAAAUGUUACCUGUCCAUAUAUUACUCCUAGGGAAGUAGAUUUAAAAGAGUUAGAUGGAAAAUGGCACAUAGCAGCAGUUGCAACAGAUUUAGAAAUAGAAGGAGAAUGCGCGACCAUCCUCUUUAAUCAUAAAAGCAACAACACGACGGACGUGUCAAUCAGUUGGAUUGUAAACAACUCAGUUAGCUUCUACAAUGGGUCUGUGGCUUUGACUGUAGAUGACAGCGGUGGUGACUUGUUGCUAGUAACCUACACGGAUCAGAAAUCAGAAACGUAUUCAAUAUUGGAUGUAAAUUACGAGCACUAUGCGGUAAUAUUUGCAUGUUACAACAAUUCAGAUGGAAACAGCAGUACUUAUGAACUAUGGAAACUCACAAGAAUGCCCCAUGUGAAGAAAAUGGAUGCAACAAAAAUCGACCAAGCGAUUGCCAAUUACAAGUUGGAGGAAACGCCCUUAUUACACUUUAAUAAUACAGAAGAUACGUGCAGAAUUAAUAGCGGGAGCCUUUUAAGUCCUGCUUCAUUGAUUCUUACGUCUACAGCUGCUAUCACACUGUUUAGGCGGUUAUAUUAAUUUAAUUAAUAACUAGCUGACACGGCAAACGUUUGUUUUGCCAUGUAUAUUAUUUCUAGGAAAAAAAAUUUUAGUUCAAUAA